UUAGAGCAAUUUUGUCUGCUGCUGCUCCUAUUUCUCCUGAUGUUAUGGAUUUUUUGAAAAUUUGCUUUUCCCUUAAUGUUUUUGAAGGAUAUGGUCAAACUGAAAAUUCUGCUGCUUUGUCAUUCGUGCAUCUGGAAUCAGGUCAUGUAGGACCCCCACAAGUAUGCGUUGAAGUUAAGUUAGUAGAUGUACCUGAAAUGAACUAUACAUCAAAGGAUGAACCACAUCCAAGAGGUGAAAUAUGUGUUAGAGGCAAUUCUGUAUUUAAAGAAUAUUACAAAGAACCAAAGAAAACAAGCGAAGUACUUGAUAAAGAUGGUUGGUGCCAUACUGGUGAUAUUGGAAUGUGGGAUGAAUUAGGUAGACUUGUAAUUAUUGAUCGUGUUAAAAAUAUUUUUAAACUGGCUCAGGGUGAAUAUAUUGCUCCUGAAAAGAUUGAAAACGUUUACUGUAAACAUGAAUUAGUCGCUCAAGCAUUUAUAUAUGGUGAAUCACUUAAAACAUCAUUAGUUGCUAUAAUUGUGCCAGAUCGUGAUGCCCUAAUCUCAUGGGCAAAACAAAAUCAUUUGGAAAAACACUCAUUUGAAGAGCUAUGCGAACUUCCAGAAACCAAGAAACAUGUUCUUCAAUCCUUAAUUAAUCAUGGUAAAGCAAAUGAUCUGAAAGGAUUUGAAAAUGUGAAAAAUAUACAUUUGAUAUCUGAGAGUUUUAGUUUAGAAAAUGAUUUGUUAACUCCUACUUUUAAAUUGAAGAGGCAUCAGGCUAAAAUUAAGUUCCAAAAGGAAAUUGAAAAGUUGUAUUCUGAGAUAUCCCAAGCUUAA